AUGAGCGGCGACGCGUCCAGAGAGCCCCUGAGUCAGAGGGCCCCCGCCCCCAAACAUCCUGCCCUAUCCUUGGGAGUGAAGAUCAGGAAGAAACUGAAGGUUGUGACUCCCUUCCUUGGCAAAUUCAGGCCCCUGGUGGGCCAAUGCUGUCACCAGUGCACCCCUGAAAGCCUGAGUCGGAAACUACUACAUAACGCUCCCUCGCUCGGCUUCCGGAAUCUGCUCUGUGUGAAUGAAACGCACACCAGGUACCGAGGCUGGCUAGUAAGGAGAGUUUGCUGUGUGCUGUUUGUCUGGGGUCGCAAGGUUCAGCCCAGUCGUGCUGGAGACAGACCUCUGCGUGUGUGCAGCAGGGACAGGGUUAGGCAGGUACUGAUGCCGACACUCUGUCCAGGAGAGAGAGGUGUGGAGGUGGCGGAGGCUAUAGGAGCCACCAGCGAGAUACUGGACCUCACUGAGACCUCGCUGUCUCCUACUCUGCUCCGGUUGGUGAGCUGGUUGCUGCUGAAGGUCUUCAGUGUGAUGUUCUAUAGCCUGCAGGUCAACCUGAACCAGAUGUCUGGUCUCCACCGGGCCAAACAGUUGAAAUGCCCACUAGUGUAUGUGUACAUACGUCAGAGCCUUCUCGAUCAGGCCCUCAUCAUCCUAACGCUGUUCUGUCACAACCUGGCAGUUCCUUACAGUGUGUACCCAGCCACGGUCAGGUCCAGGUGUAUGAGGGCCGUUCUUCGGAGGCUAGGCAUCAUCUUCCUUCCCAGUCACGUAGGUACGGAGCAGGAGGCAGAAGCGGAUGCCACAUUCACGACCCCGAUGACCUCUCUGGUUGGCGAACUGCUCCUGGCAGGAGAGAGUCUCAGCUUUGGCAUAUGUUCAGAGAGCAGGCACGGAGGCCAGUGGCUGGCGCGCGUCCGGCAGGCGGUCAUCGAUGGCCUGGUGCCCGACGUGAGCCUGGUGCCAGUGGGAAUCUCCUACGACUGCCCACCCUGCGAGACCACGCAGGGGCAGGCUGGUGUACUGUCUGUACUGUGUUCUCUGCUUUCUUUUCUGAGUGGUGAUCACAGAGGAGGUGUGAGAAUACAUUUUGCACAGGCUUUCUCUCUGAAGGAGAUGUGUGAGAGUGGGAAGUGUCGUGUGGAUAGAGGGCGCCCCCUGCAGGAGCUCCUGUUGCCUGCUGUCCUGCUCAACAGGGUGGACUCCAUAUUUGGGCAGCGGAAGGUGUCUUGGCUCCUGCCCCCAGACUGGAUGCCAGAUCUGCCCCAAGCUGAGAAGGAAAUGACCACUGCAUUGACUCUGCACCUAAUACACUCGGUCACCAACAGUAUGGCUGUGAUGUCCACCAGCAUUGUGUCCUGUCUGCUUCUCCACAAGCAUCCCGGUGGAGUACGUCUGUCUGUGCUGUGUAGAGACGUGUGUUGGCUCGUGGAGGAGGUCCUGUUCAGGAACAGUGACGUGGGAUUCGGAGGCUCCCUGGUCGGGGUGGUGUACCACGCGCUUUUCCUGAUGCAGCCCUGCCUGCUCCUGGCUGCAGCGCCCCCUAAAGGAGACCCUGUGAUAGCAAUGCGGCCCGAGCCCAACUCCCUCCUCAAGCUGAGCCAGCAGUGUGAACUGCUUAGGCAUAUCUUCAUCCGCGAGGCUGUUGGAGCCUGUGCCGUCACUGCUAUGCUAAGUGAAGUAGCCGGCUGUGGAGGGAGUUCGGAGAUGGAGUUUGAUGUCGCUUUGGGUCAAGAGGAGCUGACUGAGAAAAGCCUACAACUCAUUCACCUACUCCCUGUUGGCUAUAUACCUCCCUGCCAGACUACUCAUAGCUUUGCUCUAGAUGUGGUGGACAGUAUGGUUCGCUGUGGCAUCCUUAUCAUGGAGGAGGUACCAAGAACCACUCCUGUGUGUGAUUUCUGGAAGAGGCAGGGAGUGUUAUCCUGGACUGUGACAGAUGACCCUAACCAGAGCAGUGAUUCAGAAUGUGAGGAACAGGAUACACGCUCGUACAAGUUGAGUCAGCCGUCCCAGUGUCCAGAGCUGCUGUUCUUCCUCUGUAGUUUGCUCAGUGUCCAGUUGAGGGCGCUGUGCUGGACUAUUCAGAGCCUACACCUGCUCCCCACCCCUCUUACAGAGUCGGCGUGUGUGAUCCAACUGCAUGCGCACCUGAGAAGCCGAUCCCAGCUGGAUAAAGUGCACCACGAGAGCUCCUCGAUUAAGCUGGUGAGACUGGCAGUGCGAAUCCUAAUUGACCUUGGGGUGCUGAUGGAGGACCGGCAGAAAGACGCUGUGUAUCUGGACAUCAGCCCUCUGUUUCUCCAGGCUGAGAACAAACGGAAAAUCCUUCAGUUCGUCUCCCAGUUCCUCUACGGCUAAAAACAAAAAGCCAGCGUGUCCGCCUGUGCUCAAAUCCUGAUUCUGUUUUGGCUUCAUUUACAAUGCUGUCAAAGUCAAAGGUACCAAGGCAAUUUAAGAGGUUUGUUAGACCAA